AUGCAUCGAACUGUCUAUCAUAUUUCCGCACCAACAAUUUGCGAUAUAAUAAUUCUCAACAUUGUUGGCAAAAAGGGCAUUUACAAGGAGGCGAAGUUUGAAGUUCUAACCAGGGAUGAAAUACAGCAGCGAGCACUUACCAAGAAGAUCUCCCAAUGCCAUUCCAAAAACAAUCUCUUUGACAAAUCGGGAAAUCCGUCAACCAUUCACUUAGGGCCGUCAGAGCCUGAUUUGGAAGCAGUUGGAAAAGCUGCACCUUAG